GUCUCUGGUUCUCCGCUCGCUAACUUUAGCCAUGUUUGCCUCAGUUUUAUUUGUUUGACAUUUCAUGUAGCAGCCGCUGGUGUCGCGUGACAGUCGGACGGACCGCUGAGCUGCAUGUUGGUGUUUCUGAGCGACGAACAGUUUCACUUUCCAUUCAGAAACAGGACGAGGAAACAAGCUAGCCCCUCGAAGCUAGCGGCUAACAGCUGGUUAGCUUUCAGGAGAAAAGCGUCGCUGUGAGGCAACCAACCAGGCACAAAGCUUCUAUGAGCUACGUCUCUCUGCCCCGGUCUGAGGAUGUAUCCGCCUUCCAGAAAGGACUUCAUCUCUCUCACGCUCAGUGAUCCGCACAGUCACACCUACAACAACGGCAAACACCGGAGACAGUCCUGCUGGAGGAAAUGGAAGCAGCUGUCUCGGCUCCAGCGAAGCCUUAUCCUGUUCCUGCUGGCUCUGCUGCUCAUAUUUGGACUGCUCUCCUAUCCCAGCAUCACAGAGCAGUGGCGAGGUGUGUCCGACAGGGAGGACUGGCUGGAGCUGAAUGACAGAGACGUGAAAGAUAUUCCUCCAGCUGUGAAGUCGAUAUUAGAUCAGGCUGCAGGAAAACCUCUGCCUCCUGUGGCAGGGCCACAUGUGGGGCCAGCUGUGGAUCCAGAUGUGGGUGCAGAUGUGGAUGCAGAAGUUGUGGUGAAGCCCAGAGGACCAAGCAUCCCCAUGUUGGCUAAACCCCCCAUUAAGAAUAAGCUAUUCCCAAACAAGAGGGGUCCACCAAACCUGCAGAAAGAUGGAAAUAUUUCAGACACAGUCGGCAGGGAAAAACAAGCUCAGGAGGUGGCUCAAGAAGAAGAAGGAGAGGAGGAGGACAAAGACAAAAAGAUUGUCAGCUGGAGAGGAGCAAUGAUUGAAGCCGAUCAGGCCACAGAGCCUCCACCCUCAGCCAAUGAGAAAGAAGCUGCAGCGCCCCCAGCCAACCCUGCCGACACUCACACAGUGGAAGUCUCAGCUGGAGCUGUGGACAGACUGGAGGCAGUACGUGAUGCCUUCAGACACGCGUGGAAAGGCUAUAAGGACUACGCCUGGGGUCACGAUGAGCUCAAGCCAAUCUCCAGGUCUUUUGGCGAGUGGUUUGGACUGGGUUUGACGCUCAUUGAUUCUUUGGACACUAUGUGGAUUUUGGGCCUAAAAGAAGAGUUCGCAGAGGCAAAGGACUGGGUAGAGAAAGAGCUCACCUUCGACAAGAAUGUGGACGUGAAUCUCUUUGAGACAACCAUCCGAGUCCUUGGUGGCCUGCUGAGUACCUACCAUCUGACCGGAGACCAACUCUUCCUAGAUAAAGCUAAAGAUCUCGGCUUCAGGUUGAUGCCUGCUUUCAAAACUCCCUCAAAGAUCCCAUUCUCAGACGUCAACAUCGGGAGGGGAACAGCCCACCCCCCUCGAUGGACGUCAGACAGCACGCUGGCCGAGGUGACGAGCAUUCAGCUGGAGUUCAGAGAGCUGAGCCGCCUCACGCAGGACCCACAGUAUCAGGAUGUUGUGAAUGAGGUAAUGAAGCUGGUCCACAAGCUGCCAGGCAAACAGGACGGCCUGGUGCCCAUGUUCAUCAACACCAACAGCGGCCAGUUCACCCAUAAAGGAGUCUUCACGCUUGGUGCCAGGGCAGACAGCUACUAUGAAUACCUGCUCAAACAGUGGAUCCAAGGAGGCAAGACGGAAGACGACCUGUUGGAGGACUACCUUCAGGCUGUGGAGGGAGUGAAAAAGCACCUUGUGAGACAGACGGGGCCUCACAGAUUGACCUUUGUUGGAGAAUUGUCCCACAACCGCUUCAACCCGAAAAUGGACCACCUUGUGUGCUUCCUGCCUGGGACCUUGGCAUUGGGGGCCCAUAAUGGCCUCCCGGGGGACCACAUGGAUCUGGCCGUGCAGCUGAUGGAGACGUGUCACCAGAUGUACACGCAGAUGGAGACCGGGCUGAGCCCAGAGAUCGUACACUUCAGCCUGCAGGCCAAUGACGGGCGCGAUGUUGUUGUCAAGCCUGCAGACAGACACAACCUGCUGAGACCAGAGACAGUGGAGAGUCUUUUCUACAUGUACAGAUUCACUAAGGACACCAAGUACAGAGACUGGGGAUGGGACGUACUCUGCAGCUUCAAUAACUACACUAAAGUCCCAGGUGGUGGCUACACGUCCAUUAACAACGUCCGCGACCCCGUUAACCCCGGGCCGCGGGACAAGAUGGAGAGUUUCUUCUUGGGUGAGACGCUGAAGUACCUGUUUCUGCUCUUCUCUGACGACAUGGAGCUGCUCAGCCUAGACAAGUACAUCUUUAACACAGAAGCCCACGCUCUCCCCAUAUGGCCGUCUCCACCCAAGUGAUGUCGCCAUACAGGAGACGUGUAUCAGACGUGUAACAGGAGAUCAGGCCCACGAAGGUCCUGUUUGAGUCAAAAGACUGUUAUUGCCGUUCAGUCGGGCAGUUUUCUUAAGCAACCGUCCGGGCCGGACUGCUGUCUUAAGCAGUGAGGCGGACCUUCGCCGUCCACCUGUACUUUGAUUCCAUGUGGAGGAGUUAAUUUCGUUUUUUUCAUUCCUUUUUCUUUAUUUUUCCUAAGGAAAAGGUUUGUGUUAGAGCUGGUCUCUAAUGUAAAAAGCUUUUUUAAAAUCAGCUCUGAAUAGCUGGUGCCAACAGACGACAAGAAAGAAGAUAGAGGGAGGGCUUUGUUACGUAGGUGACUGGAUCGUUCUUGUGUGUGUGAUAACAACAAUCACAUCAUCCCUGAAUUUUCUUUGCCACGUGAUGUGAAAAUCCUUUAAAGUCCUAGAUGUCAUGGCUGUGAAGGAGUCCACAAAUUCAUUCUGUUAACCCACUGAUGUUUGAAGGUGCAAUAAUCAUUGAUGAAAAUCUAUGAAACAUGCUCUGCUACAUUUAUAUUUAAACAGAUUGCUCUACGUUAUCUGUAGAAGUCUUUAUUUUUGCAAAGCCCGGUGCAUUAGCUCAUGUAUAAAAAGGGCAUAAAAGAAGUAAAAGGAGCUCUAUGAAACAUUCAGAGCAUUAAUGUAGCAACAAAGCUAUGUAAAAAUACAAGUCUGUGAGGCACUGGCUGUGAAAAUGACGAAUGCAUUGGCCUGAAGCUGGUGAUGAAAGCUGUGCUGUGGUGUGCACUACAUAGGGCCCAUUAUCGAGUAAUGGCGUCCUGAGCAGAUAAUAAAAUCAUGCUUCCUCUGUG